GUGUGAGACCUUAGCUCCCUGAUUUAACUAACAGGAUGGCGUCAUUUGACCCUAAAACACGUUUAGAUGCUCGGGAGCUUGACUACAUCAUCAACCAGCUGGACCUUCGGCAACUCAUCAGACUGGAACAGAACCUCUAUAUACAUGAAGUGCCAUUUGAAGUAUUGGAAAGGCAGUACAAUGAGAACGUAGAUGCUCUCAGUGGAAUGCUCUUCACAUGGCACUCCAACCAAAACCCAGCCAAUGAGAGAAGGUUGAUGGUAAACGCUUUGCUUCGGACCUGCCUAAUUAGCCUUGCAGAGACAAUCGAAAUGGGUGAUCAGCAUCAUGCAACUGGAAAUGCAGUAGCUUCAAAUUUGAAUAUGGGCAUGGCGUCAUUUGACCCUGAUGCACCUCUAGAUGCUCGGGAGCUUGACUACAUCAGCAAGCAGCUGGACGUUUUCGACGUCAUCCACCUCAGUCGAAGCCUCCGUAUAGGGACCCCAGUAGCGGACUUGGUGAGGCAGUACCGUGAGAACAACCAUCAUGCUUGCAGUGAAAUACUCAACACAUGGAACUCCAACCAAGACCCAGCCAAGGGGAGAAGGUUGAUGAUACAAGCUUUGGAAGACAGCGGGCUAACUAGCCUUGCAGAGACAGUCCGAUUAGGUGAUCAGCAUCAUGCAACUGGAAAUGCAGUAGCUUCAAAUUUGAAUAUGGGCAUGGCAUCAUUUGACCUUAACACACCUUUAGAUGACAUGGAGCUCAAAUUUAUCAGCAGGAAGCUGGGCCUUUGUGACUGCAUCAUCCUCAGUGAGAGCCUCUGUAUAGGGACCCCAUUAGAGGACUUGGUAAGGCAGUACCAAGAGAACAAGUAUGCUCCCAGUGGAAUGCUCUUCACAUGGCACUCCAACCAAGACCCAGCAAAGGAGAGAAGUUUGAUGGUAAAGGCUUUGAAUCAGAGCUCGCUAAUUAGCCUUGCAGAGACAAUCCGAAUGGGUUAUCAGCAUGAUGCAACUGGAAAUGCAGUAGCUUCAAAUUUGAAUAUGGGCAUGGAGUCAUUUGACCCUAACACACCUUUAAAUGCCCGGGAGCUCGACUACAUCAGCGGCCUGCUGAGCUAUUACGAAUUCAUCACCCUCGGUCAGAGCCUCUCUAUCGCGACCUCAUCACAGGAAUUGACAAGGCAGUACAUGAAGAAUGCAAAUGCUCCCAGUGAAAUGCUCAACACAUGGCACUCCAACCAAGUACCAGCCAAGGAGAGAAGGUUGCUGGUAAAGGCUUUGAAUAAGAGCGGGCUAUGUAGCCUUGCAAAGAUAGUCCAAAGAGGUGAAUGUCUGCGCACAGUGCAGCAAGGCAUGAGCACUGAUCAGCAUCAUGCAUCAUUUGACCCUAACACACCUCUAGAUGCCCGGGAGCUCGACCACAUCAGCGACCAUCUGUGCGGUUCAGAUGUAUUCAGCCUCAGUCAGAGCCUUCGUUUAGAGACCCGAUUAGGGUACCGGUACUUGGCAAUACGGCACAAGGAGAAUGCAGAUGCUCCCAGAGAAAUGCUCAACACAUGGCACACCAACCAAGACCCAGCCAAGGAGAGAAGGUUGCUGGUAAAGGCUUUGAAUGAGAACUGGCUAUGUAGCCUUGCAGAGACUGUCCGAAUGGGUGAAUGUCUGCGCACAGUGCAGCAAGGCAUGAGCACUGAUCAGCAUCAUGCAUCAUUUGACCCUAACACACCUCUAGAUGCCCGGGAGCUCGACCACAUCAGCGACCAUCUGUGCGGUUCAGAUGUAUUCAGCCUCAGUCAGAGCCUUCGUUUAGAGACCCGAUUAGGGUACCGGUACUUGGCAAUACGGCACAAGGAGAAUGCAGAUGCUCCCAGAGAAAUGCUCAACACAUGGCACACCAACCAAGACCCAGCCAAGGAGAGAAGGUUGCUGGUAAAGGCUUUGAAUGAGAACUGGCUAUGUAGCCUUGCAGAGACUGUCCGAAUGGGCGGAUGGCAUGCCCUUCAACUAUCAGCACCCUACCCCUCCCGCCCAAGGAAACGAACCCAUACCCAAACUCUUGCAGGGCAUGAGACCAAUACCCCUGGAGCCAAUCAACCAUCAUCAGCAUUCUACCCCUCCCACCCAAGCAUACAAACCCAAACCCAAACCCAAACUCUUGCAGGGCAUGAGACCAAUACCCCUGGAGCCAAUCAACCAUCAUCAGCACCCUACCCCUCCCACCCAAGCAUACAAACCCAAACCCAAACCCAAACUCUUGCAGGGCAUGAGACCAAUAACCCUGGAGCCAAUCAACCAUCAUCAGCAUUCUACCCCUCCCGCUCAUGCAAACAAACCCAAACCCAACCUCUUGCAGGGCAUGAGACCAAUACCCCUGGAGCCAAUCAACCAUCAUCAGCAUUCUACCCCUCCCGCCCCAAGGUACGAACCGUCGCCAAUCCCCCGCAACAACCCGACAUAGUACCCAUGCAAAUACCCCAGCAAACCAGCUAUGAGAUAACGGAGAUCAUGCUAAGGGACGUUUCCAACAAGCUGGGUGCCGAGUGGAGGACGGUCGGAACUUAUUUAGACUUUGACAACUCUCAGAUUGAGGUUAUGCUGGAAGAAUAUCGAACCGUUAAGGAAUGUAUCUUCCAGAUGUUACUAAAAUGGCGAAACAGCAACGGUGUCGAGGCUACAAAGGAAAAAUUAAAGAAGGCGCUGAGGCGAUCGUAUCGUGCAGAUUUGACAGGUUUCAUUGACAAAUCUGAUGAUUGAAUCCUAGCUAACUGACAAAAAACUUUGAUGAUAUGACAGAUUGAUAUGAAGCAAUUCCAGAGUCUCCUGUACGAGGUCAAGAGGACCAUGUACACAUCAUUUUUACUAACAUACCGGGGUAUUCAUUUUCAAGGAUGUUCCUUUCAUAGUGACGGGUUAUUCCAUUAACCAGUUAUUAGUGAAUGAACAACAAUACUUAGAAUCUGGUCUGCAUACAUUACUUGUUGCCAUGUUGGGCAAGCCUUGGGCGACAGCUUCUUCGGGAGGUAUCCAUGCUGCUAACGCUUCAUGAAAAAUUAUUCAAGUCACUGAAAAUAUAGAAACCGUGAUGGGAUCAAAGCGAGAAACUCCAGUUUGGCAUUUCCUAUGGAAGUCAAGUGAGCUGUUUACACCUAAUGAAUUGAACAUUGAUGUCAUGUUUCAAGUUUCAAUUGAUCGAUGACUGCUAGUAAAGAAAUCAUUUUAUUUCAUUUUCAUUUAUUUAUUUCACUCUCUUUAAAAUAACAUCAAAGUUAUAUACAUGUUUGUUGAUUGUCAACAUAAGAUUAGGAAGUGGAGAAUCGUGAAAGCCAAAAUUGGCCUGAUGAGAAUGAUCCCCAAAUAAAUACUUAGCAUAAACAAGAUACAAACUUAUUUUAUAUAAAAAAAACAUAAUACAUACAUUCAAAACAACAGAGGACAGAGAAAAGAUUAAGAUAACAUAAGGUAAAGACAAUUACAGGAAGAGAGAGAAGAUAAAAAGAAGGAAGUUACAACUUGAAUUUUACAUUCUUCAUAAUAAAUGACAAUGUCAUUUUGUUCCGCUUAAAUAACCAUAUUAAUACAUAUAUUUGAAGCAUGUCAAUGUAUUGCACUGUUUUAUGUCAUCUGGCAAACUUCCAAAUUAAUGGGCCAUGGAAAAAUGUGGAAUCUUUAGAGAUCUUUAGAGGUUGAAGUAUGGUGUAAAGGUAAAUGAAAAUUUAGAGCGUGUCUAGUACUAUAUUCGUGGAUUUGACAAUUCAUUGUGAAACAUUCCCUAAAUGAAUCUGGUAAAGGUAUAUCUUUCAAAAGCAUGAACAUAAAAGUGGCAACAUUUAAUAAUCUUUUGUCAUGGAUUUGCAUCUGUUUAAAAAGAGGAUCACAAUGACAAAGGCAAUUUGAAUGAGUUAUUUUACUUCGGCCUAUUACUCCUUUUCGUUACUCAUGUAUUCUAUUAAGAUUGGUCUUUGAUGUGAACCCAAAAAACAUAUUACGGUAAUUCAAUUGUGAAAAUACAAGGAGUAACUAGUACAAUAGUUUUUAAUAUUUUUUGCUGUAAAGAAUGUAACCUAUAGAAAACACCAAUAUUCUUUGAAAGUUUUUUACAGAGAUCAUUUAUAUGGUAGUUCCAUAACAGUUUAUUGUCUAAGUAGAUGCCCCAAAAUUUAAUAUUUCAAACCUUUAUUAUUUCUUUAUUCCUAUAAUGUAAUCUAAAAUCCAUAUUUCCAAUGUGGUAAGUUCCAAAAAUCAUGUAAUUUGUUUUUCCAGUAUUCAAAAUAAACUUAUUAGCAUCCAUCCUUUGACUUAUAUUAUUUAACUGCGUGUUCACCAAUUGGUACAGUGAAUAUAAGUUUUUACCUGAUGAAAAAAUACUUGUAUCGUCUGCAAAUAAAAUAAAAUUACCGGUAAUCGAC